ACGUCAGCAGCGCCUCUCCUCACGGGUGAGUAACAAGAAUGAGCUGGAACGGGCUGGAAAGAGCUGAGCUCUUCUCCCGAAGGUGACGUAAUUUUCGGGACGAGGCCACGCCUCCAGCGAACGGGAAUAAAAGGCUCCGCCGGCAGCAGCGGGGCAGAACGCUUCCAGCCCACUGGAGAGGGGAAAGAAGCAGCAGCAACAGCAGCAACAACAGCAACAACAGCAGCAGCAGCGAUGCUUUGCCGGAUGCACCUCGCACCAUUCGCCUCCAGCUCCUUGGCCAGCCGUCUGGGCACGGUGAGGACCCUCUGGCCACACGCAGAGACCAUCUUCACUGAGCUGCAGCAGGAGAUGGAGAAAGCUCGGGAGUUCAUGAGCAGCUUCGAGCAGCUUCUGAGCAACCACGGAGCCAUCGCAGCGGAGCGCGCCCCGAGCACCAGCACGACCCUGGCCCAGUGCUCCGGGGACGGCUUCUCCGUCUGCCAGGACGUGAAGAACUUCGCUCCCGAGCAGCUGUCGGUGAAGGUGGUGGGCAGGAAGGUGGUGCUGGUGGGGCAGAAGGAGACGCAGAACGUCGACGAGAAGGGCUCCUUCUCCUACAAGUACGAGGUGCUGAAGCGGGAGUGGGACGUGCCCGAGGAGGUGGACGCCGAGGCGCUGACCUGCUCCCUGUCAAAGGACGGGCAGCUCCGCAUCGAGGCCCCCAAGCUGGCCCUGACGGCUGCUCCGGAGAGGAAUGUGCCCAUCCAGGUCAGCCCUGCAGCCCCACAGCCUGGACCAGCCUCUGAGGACGGAGCUGCAAGCAAAGCCCAGGUGUAACUGGAUGGGACCCCAUGGCCACGGCAGGACCGGAGCAGACAGGAGCAAGUCUUGGGUUUAAGCCCAGACAAGCUCCAUCAGCAGUGAUGUCAUUUUUUUCACUAUACUGGAAUGUUUUUGUAUCCAAUAAAAAUACUUUUGCAUAGAACCUUCA